ACGCCCGUAAUGCCACGGCGCUAGCAUUAGCGAACUAGCCAAACAGAUAACAAAAACGAAUUGGUACAUUUUACCGUUUGUGCUAUUGUUUCCUUUUAUGUCCAACCAGACCCUCAGUCACCGUCAGACGGCGGCGUAAUCGUCUCCGCAGGCGAAUUUUGCUUGCGCAACUUAAAAUCGACGUACUAAGUCACGGUUAUGGCUGCUGUCAAUAUAAACAGCCAUUUCUUUUCUUUUUUUUCGUUCAGCAUCUGAGCCUGAUAUAGCCCCUUCUCAUCCGCUACGUAAGGAAAGCUGCGACCGUUGUGCGUAUGAAGUGUCCAUCAUCCCACACUUCGUUUUUUUCCCCUCAACGAGUGCAUCAUCCGGGAACUCAAAGUGGCCUACACUUUGUUUUUUGGGGUGUGAACACACUGAAUCGCACUAUUUAUACUACAAAAUGGCGUAGAAUGUUACACAAGUGUGCGAUUUGGGAUGCACUACCAGACUAUGACGCAAGGUUUUGCCUAUAGCCUGAAAGAUGUAUAUACUGUUUCGCAUUUUUCAGUGUAUAGUGUCCUUAUUUUUCACUUUUGUAGUGUCCUGUUGUUGGUGGACCUACAUUUACCUCAGCCUUGUGUGUAAGGAUAUAGCUAAAGCAAUGUGAUCUCUCUCUCUCUCUCUCUCUCUCACACACACACACACACACACACACUGAAAUAUUACUGUAUGUUUACAACAUGGUGUCUCCGUGCUAAUAUUCUCUCUAAACUCCAGAAACAGUGAUGUGAUUUUUGGAAUAAUAGGCCCCCCCCCCCAAGUUUAAUUUGCCCAGUGUGUGUGUGUGUGUGUGUGUGUGUGUGUGUGUGUGUGUGUGUGAAAAAGAGAGCGAGAGAGAAAGACGCUAGCUCAACAGCUAAAAAUGGCGCCUGAAGCAGUAAAGCCUUUUACAAGUGUAUCAAAAUAACAAAUCGAGACGUUGCUCAUAAAAUAUAAGUCACUGGAAAAAAAAAUAAAAAUAAAAAAUAAAAAAAUUUACGGACAGCCGAAGUUCUACAAGCUACCAUCUGUAUCUUAACAUAAUUAAAUAUAGCCUAAAAUAUUAAUUACAGACUAAACAUGAAGGCGAACAUUAAGACUAAUUAACCUCUAAGUGUUGUGUAAAUAUGAUUAGGCUAAUCAGCGCUAAUGAGGUACAGUAGGCUAGCUAAAUGAAACAAUCUGUCAUGCCCUCUUUUUCUCUUUUAAGCUAUCUAUCUAUCUAUCUAUCUAUCUAUCUAUCUAUCUAUCUAAUGUAUAAUUAGCUAAUAAAAUGCGCGAGUGCGUGUGUCAGGUUUGAACAGUUAGUUUUGUUUGGGCAAUUUCAACUCUUUUAAAUGCAUUUUUAGGACAAAACAAAAACCCUAGAUGUUUUGUUAGACAGUUACAGAAAAAAAACAUGUUUUUAUAUAACAAAACGGUUUUAUACAGGCUGAAAAAAAAAAAAAACACCCGCGCAUUUAUGUCUGAAAAAAAAUGUGUUUUUUUUUUUUUCGGCUUAAAGGGUCAAAAAUGAACUAAUGCGUCUCUUCUUAAACUCUAAUAUAUCUGUAUGAUUAAAAGCAAACGGUGUGCUCAACAGUGUGUGUGUGUGUGUGUGUGUGUGUGUGUGCGUCUACUUUUUUUAUUAUUAUUAUUAUUCUUUCUAGAGCUUUCAGUGUUUCUAAGCUUUUUAUUUGUAAGCCUACGUUUUGUUCAUUUUAAUAAUAAUAAAAAAAAUUAAUCUGCCUUAAUGAGGUUAAAGAGAAUAAAACCCUAAACUAAUGAACGUUUUAUUAUUUACUCUGUUGGGUAAAUAUGAAAGAUGGAACAACUUCAGACUAGUUUAUUGCCAUAUACGGCCUUCCUUUUUAUUUAUUUAUUAAUUCUUUUAAAAAAAAAAACCCAACUUUUUAUGUUUUUAUGAUUGGAUUUUUGUGUCUCAAAUUUUCUCUCAUAACAACAAACAAACAAACAAAUAAACAAAACAAAAAAAAAAAACCGCGGUGAGGUGUUUAUUCAUGAAUCUGUUGGAAAUCCCAGGCUCAAUAGACAGGCCUAACUGUAUUAGUGUAUUAUGGUUUUGUUUUAGUGUGGAGUUAGAACUAUCUUGCAGUUAUUUCUGGCCUGUUGGUGGAAUUUUACAUUUAAUCUACUGUAUUUUUCAUCACUUUUACUAUAAUAAAAAAUAAAAACAUAGCUUCAUGUUUAAAUUCUGUCUUAAAACGUGGCUUUGGAUACAGUCUAAUCUCGCAGGCGAAUAUAAAUCUCCAUGUACAGACCUAUAGGCUGGUGUUUGUAUGGCUUUUUGUGUUUAUGAAUGUUUAAGGGGAUAAAUAUGUGUUUAUUGUUAUAAAUAUAAUAUGAAGGCAACUGGAUUGGAGUCCGCGCGCUGUGUUAGACUUGGCCGAGCGCGUGCUGGGGAAAGGGUUCACGCUCGUGCGGGUCGCCUCGCGCUUCACUGAGCCGUUGUUCUGUUCUACGAGUUUAAAUUUCUUGUCUCUAAAACAGCAAAAACAAACCAACAAACAAAUAGAUAUAUAUAUAUUUUUUUCUUUCCAGUGACCCGUGUAGGCCAAGUAGGUGUUUUUUCACUUCUAGUCACUCCUCAUGCAGAGGUUUUUGUGUCGCUCUGGCUGUGUGUGUGUGUGUGUGUGUGUGUGAGAGAGAGAGAGAGAGAGAGAGAGUGUGUUAGCCAGUUAGCUUCUGAGGUAACGGACAAAAAUACUGGCGGUGAUUCAACUGUUUGUUUGUUUGUUUGUUUGUUUGUUUUAUUAUUAUUUAUUUUAUUAGCGAACCAUUUCAGUAAUUUAUGUAAUAUAAAUAUUCUAUUUUAUUUCAGGACAUCUUUAUUGGGUACACACAUUCACACAUCCUUAAUGUGCUCGGUUAUACAGGCCUUCACAAACUGACCGUUAUUAUUAUUAUUAUUAUUAUUAUUAUUAUUAUUAUUAUUUAAAUAAAUGAAUAAAUAACGGUCAAAACGGCUGAAUUGGUGUUAAAUACACUAACAUUAAUCAAAACUAGUCAGCACAAAAAGGUUUAUAAACUGUGAUAAAUGUCUUUAAUAUUCAGGUUUAACAUACAUUUUAAUGUUUUUUUUUGUUUAAAAACAAAACAAAAACAAUAGAAACCCUCAUAGAAUUUGUAAUGGUUAUAAUGGGAAUUGUAUUGGUUUUAAUGGAAACUGUAAUGGUCCCUGUGGGUCUCUGCUGGUUAUUUGUUGCCGUCUAUUCGAGGCAUGUUAUGUCUAGUGGAUACCGUUAAGGACCAGUAAUGGUAAUGAGUUUAAUGGUUAGCUGAUGGUUUGUAAUGGUAUUUGUAAUGGAAACCUUUGUUUUUUUGUUUUGUUUUGUUUUGGUUUUUUUUCAGCAGGGGAGGACCAACUAAAUAUAGACUAAUAACUAAUAUAUUUGUUGUGGGCCUGAUUACUUUAGACAAGAGUCCAUGGACUCUCUGGUCAGUCAAUGCUGGCCGAAACCAAGAAGAAGCAAAAUAUUAUCUACAGGAGCAAUUUUAUUGACGUUUUAUUUUUGAUGACCGUUUGAAAUUUUCGAAUUACCUGACGUAUUGAUUUGCUUCGAAUUGGAGGCUCGCACCAUUACUAUGUCUGACAGAAGAACACUGAAGAAGUCUUGAAUUGUAUUUCUUCUUGUUGUUGUUUUGUUGUUGUUGAUUUUUUUGUUGUUGUUGUUGUUGUUUGUUGUAUUUUUGUAGUUAAAAUACAGGAUUUAACGAUAACGACUUAGGAUUUGGGAAUCCGUAGUAGUGAAGACUGUAGAGUCCCAGUCUUCAACAAACCACCACCAUCAUCAUGAUUCAUUUACAUUUCUGGUACGAAAAACCACACACAUAAACACACACACACACACACACACGUACGUUAAUGCCACACCUACAACUACACCUAGAAGUCUAACUCCAACCUUAUCCCCAGUAAUCAAAAGGAAAUCUUGUAAUCCUAAUGGUGACCAGCCAAACGUUACAACAAAGACAAAACUAUCAGAUGUUCCUGUUCUUGUGCGGACAUUUAGUCUCCACCAAAAUCUAGACACACACACACACACACACACACUCAGGGAGCCGUCUGUACCGACUCUUUCUAAUUUCCGCAUUGCGUUUUGUGUCUCUAAAGAGGCCACUGUAGCGGUGCUCUGUAGUGGAGUGGAGAUAACACGGGCUUCAUGAAUAUACUCUGACGAUACGGCAAAUAAAUAUAUCAUAUACUCGAAGACAUUUCCAAAAUGGACCAGGAUUUAAAUGCUGUUAAGGAAUGGGUCAUUAUGUUACACUAUUAAGCUUAGGAUUUGCUGCACUUAGUGUAAUAUAAUGAUUUAAAUGUGAAUUGUGGUCAGUAUACAGUAUACGACAUGAACACGUACUUCAAAGUCGAUGUUCCUUAUCGGUAGUUGUUUAUAUUAACGUUUAAAAAUCCUUCCAUCUCUGCUAUAACAGUACAGAAAAGUGUACUGUGUUAUAUCAUAUCACAGUAUCGGUCGCCUGAUCUUAUCAUUUUCACCCCCCCCCCCCCCGCCCAAGAGGAUUUUUAGGUACAACUUAAGUCAUGUGAACUGUUCUGAAAGGUAACGUGGAUAUCGUCGUAUGCAAAUACAAAUACAUUUAAAAAAAAAAAAAAAAUACAAAUAUUAUUCUUUGCAUACACUCUCUCUUAGAUCUUCCAGUUGACAAAAUGGAGCUUAAACGUGGCCACGCUAAAAAAUGUAAAUUUCACUGAAGAUGAAUUAGUGUAGAAUUAGCUUUCUGAUGAUUGUGAUGAACUUGUUGGUCUUUUGUUGUUUUUUUUUUUGUUUUUUUUUUUUACGCCAAGACGCGAUACGGUGGCACCCUGAGAUCACGGCAUAUGCCGCUUAAACUCGUCGUGGGGGAGAUUUAGCUCCAGAUUUAGAUUAGAUCUCCCAAUUUGAGUCUUAUGGUAGCAAUUUGUGCGGUUCUGUAAAGCGGAUUAUCAGGUCACUGAUGAACGAGGUCACCGCGAGAAAAUAAAUAAAUAAACUGGCCAGUGGAAGUUUUGCGGCUAGAAAAAUUAAAGACGUAAACCGAAAUGAGUACACUGAAAAAGCUGGAUCUCGAGAAUGCAUUUCCGUAGCUUAGUGUUAUCAUGGCAUUAUGUACAAAACUUCGCCUUAAACUACUCAUAGCUGCAACUUGUUUUGUACUUCUAGUCGUGGGAGCUACAGAGGACGUGGCCAAAUUUGUAUUUGGACCUUAAACACUACUUUUCUAUGACAUAUGGAACAAAAACAUACCUGUACAGUGUUUCUGUGCACAAUUAAUGAUUUGUCCGGUAAAUACCAUAUCCGUCGUCCAGACCCGCGUGUGUGUAUUUGUUGCGCGUGGAGUGUGUGUGAACGUGGUGGUGUUGGUGAGGAGUAUUUGUCUGUGUGUCUCCCUGCUUCUUUGUUUGUGUGGUGGGUCUGAAGGCAGCUGCUGGUUUGGAGGGUCUGUAGGGAUUUCAGCCCUGUGUGUUCACACACUGUUCCCAUGCCAAGGCUUGCAGAGAGAGAGAGAGAGAGAGAGAGAGAGAGAGAAUGGAGGGGGAUUGAGGAAGGGAUGGAGAAAGGGAGCGAUAUGGAGAUGGAUGAACCGGUUAGAGAGAAGUAGACUGGGAUAGAAGGAUAAGAAAGAGGAGUGGGUGAGUUUUGGGAGAGCGAUGAUGAUGAUGAUGGUGGUGGUGGUGGUGGUGGUGAUGGACAGCGUGUUCGGUGACGGAUAUGGAUAUAAGGAACAAGAGGGCAGGGUUAGAAUACAGCCAAGGCGUCCGAUUGGUCCGUGUGAAAUUAAUGAUCUCUGGAUUCAGAACUUGUUAAUUUGGCAAAAGUGAAGCGCCGUCCCACUGACUGAUUCGCAUACUCUGCUCGUUUCCUCUCUCUCUGUCGCUUUCUAUCUCUCCCUCCCUCCAUCUCUCUCUCUCUCUCUCUCUCGCUCGCUCGCUCACCCUCUCCCCCUCUCUCCCACCCAUUCAGGCCUCGAAGCGUGCGUAUUGGUUGAGCAUAUUGGGAGACUCUGUGCCAAAUAGGUGGGUUCAGCCCGGUGCUGGCACACUUUUGGGGCGAUGGUUAGGCAAAGAACGUAGGGAGAGAGAGAGAGCGAGUCGGAGAGAAAAAAAAAAAAAAAAGGGGAGAAAGGAAAGCAUCGGUCGGGUUUGCCAGCGCUCUCUCUCGCACGCUCUUCCAACAGAGAUUCGGUCCUCUGUUGUGGGUUUUUUUUCCUGCUCUUCAUUCGCUUUCUCGCUACCCCCCUCCUUGCUCGCUGUCGUCCUCUCUUUCCACUCUCUGUCUCUCUCUCUCUCUCUCUAUCCUUGAAUACAGAGCAUAUAGAUCUGAACAGACGUCACUUGCCACUUUGCCAAACGAUUUUUCUUAUCUAACACUUUUUUAAUGAUUAUAUUCAUCACUCCACUUUUUCUUUUUUUUUUUUUGAACGCAGUCUUUUUUGUGGCUGAGCUAGCAACAUAUAAAAACAUUUCUCAACUUUUUUUUUCAUGCUUUCCUUUCGCAGUUUGGCAUAUUAAAAUUUUUGGCUCUUACCCUCCUCUAACACAUUCACUCGAGGCAAAUUUAGCUUGGCUUUUUUUCUUUUUUUUUUUUCUUCCCUCAACUCCUUCUUCUCUCUUAUUGUCAUUUUAUUAUUUCUUUUAAGGAAAAUGACAUUUAUUUCUCCGGGUAGCGAGAAUUAGGACGUGCGCUAUUGACUAAAGCAAGGAGAGGACCUGCUCUGCAUUUUCUGUUUGUUUGUUUAUUUGUUUGUUUGUUUAUCCUGAAGUUUAUGAUGAAAGUGCAAAAUGGAUGAGUUCCACCCGUUCAUCGAGGCGCUCCUGCCGCACGUGCGCGCCUUCUCCUACACCUGGUUCAACUUGCAGGCACGCAAGCGCAAGUACUUCAAGAAGCACGAGAAGCGCAUGUCCAAGGACGAGGAGCGCGCCGUGAAGGACGAGCUGCUGGGCGAGAAGCCCGAGAUCAAGCAGAAGUGGGCAUCGCGCCUCCUCGCCAAGCUGCGCAAGGACAUCCGGCCCGAGUUCCGCGAAGACUUUGUGCUCAGCGUGACGGGCAAGAAGGCGCCGUGCUGCGUGCUCUCCAACCCCGACCAGAAAGGCAAGAUGAGGCGAAUCGACUGCCUGAGGCAGGCCGACAAGGUGUGGAGGCUCGACCUGGUCAUGGUGAUCCUGUUUAAAGGCAGCCCGCUGGAGAGCACAGACGGAGAGCGGCUCGUCAAGUCGCCGCAGUGCUCCAACCACACCCUGUGCGUGCAGCCGCACCACAUCGGCGUCUCGGUCAAAGAGCUCGACCUCUACCUGGCCUACUUCGUCCACUCGCCAGAAUCAGGACAAUCAGACAGUUCCAGCCAACAGGCAGACUCGGACAUCAAACCCCCACCAAACGGGCAUUUGAGCUUCCAGGACUGCUUCGUCACAUCGGGGGUUUGGAACGCAGCCGAGCUCGUACGAGUUUCACAGACUCCCGUUGCCUCGGCCUCGGGUCCUAACUUUUCAUUGGCCGACCUGGAAAACCCCGGCUACUACAACAUCAACCAAGUAACGCUGGGCCGACGCUCGCUGACAUCACCGCCGUCUACUAGGACCGAGGUGGAGUUGUACGCGAGUCUUCCUCGGAGCUCCACUAAGCGUAAGUCUAUAGAUGACAGUGAGAUGGACAGCCCAGUGGACGAUGUGUUCUACCCCACGCGCUCCCCUGCUGGAACCAGCUCACAGUCCAGUGGCUGGCCCAAUGAUGUGGAUGCAGUGCAGCACCACUUGGCCAGCGUUCAGGAGAGGAAGAUAAAGCAUGAAAACGAUGGCGUGCAGUUCCCGUACCAUGGGCUGUCGUCUCCCGGGUCUCUAAAGAAGCCGUCGGGGAAAUUCGAUUUCGGCGCCCUGUCGGCUCAGACGAGGUCCCCCCGCAUGGCCUUCACACACCACCCACUGCCCAUGCUGGCGGGAGUGAGACCAGGAAGUCCCCGUGCCUCAGCCUCCGCUCUUCAUUUCCCGUCUCCCUCCAUCAUCCAGCAGUCCAGCCCGUACUUCACCCACCCCACCAUCCGCUACCACCAUCACCAGGAUCCGCUCAAGGAGUUUGUCCAGUUCGUCUGUUCCGACGGCACGACCCAGCCCGGUGCUCAGCCUAACGGGAGCGGUCAGAGCAAAAUGGCCAGCUCUUUCCUGUUUCCUCCGCCUCCUCCGGUGGCACGGCCGGUGCCGCUCCCCAUGCCCGACCCCAAACCCAGCCACACACACCCCGACGGGGGACUCGGCUCACCCGCAUCGCCCUCAUACUCCUCGCCAAGCUCCACAGCUCCCAACAGGUUUGUCGGCAUCGGAGCACGGGACAACUUUCUAAACAUCCCACAGCAGACACAGUCUUGGUUUCUUUGACAAGAUCCAACUGACACACACAGAUCCGAAGUCUGUAGCUGAAACGUGAAACACAAAGCUAGGUAUGGACCGCUAUUAGCUAAUCACUCACAAACCCCCUCGUCCCUGACCGAGUCAGACCUGCAAGCACCCCGAAACCUUCACCAUGAGCCCUCGAACCAGGAAUCUGGACAACGUCCAUAUGAGUCUUCAAAAACUGCAUGAUUCUGCAAAUCUGAAACUGGAAAGAGGAAGAAAAAAAAAAAAUUUGGAAACCAGGAAAACAGCAACACAAAAAGCACGAGUGGGAAACAGAUCUGAUUCCAUUCUGAAUGAAGAAGAAGUUUCAUUAUAAGAAGCACUGAUGACCUGAGUAUUGACCAAUCUUUUCAUCCUUUAGUUUUUAUUCGUUUUUACAUCGUCCACCAAUCAUACAGCGGGGCCAAACCAUUCUGCUUUCAGUCCAUCACAGGUUGUUGAAAUGAAACAAUUUAUUUUUUCAGAUAUUUUACCUUCAGUGAAAACGAAGCAAAGGGUGAAACCCGGAUGGGGUCAUCCACAUGCUCUAUAUCAAGCUGCACCUGAUCCUCAAGCCUGUCUCAAGCAUCUGAUUGGACAAGAACUACAAACGGCUCCCCGGCACACCGCGCUUUAGGUUGGUCCAUCCUGAUGACUGACAUUCUUAAAUCAUGGGUGUGUCCCAAACACUAGAAUGCUAAUCGCACUUAGCAGUAGAGCAGAAUUUCAAUACUGAAAAAGCACAGAAAACCUGUUCGCUCGUGUUCAUGAACAGGAAAUGGUAGCUUUAGCUACAUACAGCUAGAGUUAGAGCUGUGUCACGCAACUCCCAUUCUGUCUUUCGUAAUCUCGCCAUUCGGACUUUCUUUUCUCACAAACGCGAGUUCAUAUCGUACAAUUUUGACUCGGGAAACUGUGAGAAAAAAUGUCCGAAGUGCAAGAUAUAAACCCCAAAAUUGAGACAAGUCGCAAUUGUGAGAUAUAAAAUCACAAUUACCUUUUUCAUUUUUUUCCCUCCGUGGCGGAAACAGGCUUCCAUACCAAACUGCUGCUCACGCUAUGUGACAUUUAACUCGCUCGGAGGAAAACGCUAUCCUCCCUCUUCUACAUACAUGAGCUCGCAAGAUGCGUACAAUUGGCUAGCGUCUCUGACUGACAGCAGAGAGAGAAAUAGCAUAGCAUAGCACCUGUCUCACCCAGAGAGACACUACGGCCAAUUUUACUCUCUUAACCCCAGGCCACGGAUGGCUGUCACGUCGCUGUCGAGAUCUCGCCCUUCGAGAGCGAGACGGACAUUUCUUUUAAUCGUGUAGCCACCCAUUUUCUGCGAAUAAACACAACGAACAGGGAAAAGCAGACUGAUUUCAUGUUGCAUCAGUUCGGCGUCUUGCUGUCAGGCUAGACCAUUCCAGGCGUGGUCAGAGUUAAACUGACCCGCUACUUGACACGGGAACGAGAACAAAACCCGACCACUAAUUAGCAUCAGAACUAGCGAGCGAUCGGGAUACAACAGUACAAAAAUACGACAUCCUCCUCUCUGCCGACGCUUCUAUUUGUACGCUACCGCAAAGUAUGUCCUUUCAGGUUUUUCAGGCGACCGUGACGGAACAGCUCUCCGCUAGCGUUCGGGACACACCCACACGUUAGCAGCGCAGGGGGGAAAAAACGACACAUUUCGACACGAAACGGGAUAAGGCAUGCUUGGGGAGGUUGUAGCCCACGACAUACAGUACAACAAACCUCGACACGUUCGACAUCAUCAGCUAAUUACACUAAUAAACAUGGUUUUUGUUAGCAAUAAACCGAAGACUGAGACGCAUUAUCGAAAAUGGUGUUGUAAAGCCUUUAUAAAUGCACAAAUUCAGCUUUAAUGACCAACCAUCGUGCGUAAAAAAAAAAAAAAGGAAAAAAAAAAAGGAAAAAAUAGUUUGCACCACUUCCAGCAGUAACUGUUUCUCUGUGGAUACUUCAAUUUCAGUGCAACCACAUGAACACCAGUAGAAAUCUUCAGAAAAAAGCCUUUUCUCUCUCUCUCUCUCUCUCUCUCUCUCUCUCUCUCUCUCUCUCUCUGCUGAAAGUGGGUUUUGUUUUGGUUUGCAGUAGUUUGUUAUUAACCGGUUUUCAUUUUGUGUCAUCUGGGUUUUUUUUUUUUCUUCUUUUCUUUUACAGAAUUAACCGCAUGAGAGUUUAGCGUCUUUCAGGUUUGCUUUUUUCCAGAGUAGUAACAGUAUCGUGUACGAUUUCUACAGUGACACUCGUGAAUUCUCAAUGACUUUUUCCGGCUCCGUCAUCAACGCUGCGUCCUUCCCUACGGCACCGUCAGCGCUCGCUUCCUGUCAGGAGCGGCUUUCGUAAUACAGUCCCUCGAGGAAUUCGCCAUCUCGCGAUCGCAGGAGUGAACGCCAAGUCGAGCGGCGCGAUAUCCUUCGGAGCUUGCGGUUUUUCAAAUUUCAAAUCCAGCAUUCAGCCGAAGCCCUCUUCUGUUCACGUGGCGUCGAACACGAGUACAGCUAACAGGUCUCGUUUACCAACAAACAUCGCCGCGAAACAAUUCCGUGCGAUUGCGCUAAAAAAAGCACAAAAAAUGCGCAAAUAGUAGCGCGCGUUUUUUUUUAAAGAUCCGACGCAAAAUCAAGCAAUUUUUGCUGCAACAAUCACGAAAAAAAGCCUCCCGUAUGGCGAAAUCCUGUACGGACUGAUAAUACCGACAUCACGUCAUCACAUGCAUGCUUUACUUUAUUGUUUUCUUUCUUCUCUGCACUACAGUAUAGACGGAUUUGGUCAAGGCCGUCGUUACGCACGCACACACUGUCCGUUGCACUAUGUUAUUCGGAAAACGCCCUUUCGUCCAACGUUUCACGAUUUCCGUUCCUUUUCCUCAAUGUGAAUAAAAGAACAAACCCGCCAACAGCGUUACACUGUGCACAUCUGCAUCCCGCUGACAUCACAAAAUAACUGGACUGCCCGGCUGUCAGUCACACAUCAGAGAAUUCUCCUUCCCGUUAGCCCCGCCCCCUCCCUGACGAUUCCAAUCCGCGCAGCAAAGUGCCUCCCUUUUCUUUUUUUUUUUUUUUCUUUCCUUUAUGCAACCUGCCAUUGAAUUCAGGGUCGUGUAUAAGCUACAGAAUUAAUGUACAAUAUGUUAUGUAUCAUGGCUUAGCAAGCGCCAGAAGACUGGAAACAGCGCCUUUAUAAAUAUAUAUUAUCCAGACAUUAAAGAUCAUACUCGUACGUGCUGUGUAUAUAUAUGGAAAUAUGUAUAGUAGCUCUUCUUUGGAAUACGGCAGUCUAGUUAUUUUUUGACCUUUCACCCCAGUCAGUUGUCUUCCAAAACAAAAAACGAACCAGUCCUCACAACCCAUGAAAUAAUAUCGCCGUAUGACCAAACGUCGUUCGUACACGGUACAAGACUCAUUAAAAAUAGCAACGUUAAGUAUUUAAAAGGGGAAAAGAGAGCGAGGUGUUUGAGGGCCGAGGGUACAAACCUGUGAGUCUGUACGAGAAUUUGAACAUUUUUGGGUUUUUUUUUUUAAAAGUCCUCUCGUCCUGGACUCUAAACUCAAGGGCCAUGAACAGUAUCCCAAUCUUUAUGAAAUUUUGGGUGUUUCUUUUCCCCGUUUAUUUACCUUUAUCUUUUUAUUUUUUAAUGUUAUUUUUGUAAUAUUUUUCUGUUUAAACUAUUAGGAAGGGUGGAAUGAACAAUUUUACAAAACAGUGUAUUACACUAUAGUACGAUCCUUGUGCUUGAGGAUCGCGUGGGUUCACUCUAUUACAAAGAAUAAUAUACUUUCUCUUCCGAUGCGUUUUAGAGAACGCGUCGCUUCUCUUCUUUGGUGUGCUCGCUGGGGUCGGGGUUUCGUUCUUCUCCAGUUUGUGAAAAAAGGCAUUUUAUUUCAACCUUUAAGAACACCGUAUUUAAUUCUGCGUAUCGACCGUACGUCUCGAUGCACAGAGAGCCGGUUCUGUCCGGCUCUUUCGUUUUUUUUUUUUUUUAAACCCCCGUUUUGUUUAGGUUUUUUUUUUUUUUUUCAAUUUCGUCACGGAUCGACUCGUCGACUGUAAAUUAAGGAGCUGCGUAAUUAAUCAGCAAAAGUGUUUUUUCGCCUUUGUGAUGAUUUGAAAGAUGUUGUAUUGAGUAUUUGUAGAAGUUCUUGUAGUUUUUAGACAAUGUGAACACGGGUUCCUGGAGGACAAGGAACGUUCCAGAGAAUGCGGAAGAAUGAAACUUAGAUGGGCGUCAUCCCAAACCUAAACCCCCCAACUCCCCCACCCCCUUACCCCUACCCCUACCCCUACCCCAAAGCCUCUCUCUCUCUCUCUCUCCUCCCCCACCCCCACCCAAAAUGUAAAUGCCCCCUUCCUAGUGCUUGUGAUUAGUGUAGUGUAGUACUAAGCCAGCAUUUAAAGGUUGUUCCCUUCAAAAGUGCCUUUUGUUCACAGAGUCCAUCUUGUAAAACAUGAUUCUUAAAAAAAAAAACACAAAAAAAAACAAGGACAAAAAAGUUUUUCGCCCCAUC